AUGCAGAAAGAGGACGCAGAUGACGAUGCAUCGCGCCAAAACGAAGCACGUUUUCUGAGGGCUUGGCAAAACUCUGCAGCGGAGCGGGCGUUGGCGGACGAGGGACUGCGCAUGGGCGACCGCUUCCAGCUGCACUCGCCUCCGACUUUUGACUUUUCCGUGUCGGGCAUGCAAAAUCCAAAAUCACCUUCCCACUGGAACUCGGCCCCUUAUUUCGGCUGUGGAGUCGACCUGCAAAAAGCUAAAACCGGGUCUCGCGGCGCCCAAGCAUCUCGAUUCUCGUGGGCCCGCCAGAUCGCUUUGCGGUCCUAUUAUUAUUAUAAUAUUGUCUGCCCGUCUGCAUGA